AUGGCUCCUAAGGCUGCAGACAAGAAGCCCGCCUCCAAGGCUCCCGCUACUGCCUCCAAGGCUCCUCAGGAGAAGAAGGAUGCCGGCAAGAAGACUGCCGCCUCUGGCGACAAGAAGAAGCGCUCCAAGACCCGCAAGGAGACAUACUCUUCUUACAUCUACAAGGUCCUCAAGCAGGUCCACCCCGACACUGGUAUCUCCAACCGUGCCAUGUCCAUCCUGAACUCUUUUGUCAACGACAUCUUCGAGCGCGUCGCUUCUGAGGCCUCUAAGCUUGCCGCCUACAACAAGAAGUCCACCAUCUCUUCCCGAGAGAUCCAGACCUCUGUCCGUCUCAUCCUCCCCGGUGAGCUUGCCAAGCACGCCGUCUCUGAGGGUACCAAGGCGGUUACAAAGUACUCUUCCUCGACAAAAUAA